AUGCCGGACCCCGAUUUCUUACGACGGCUUGUCGGCCUCGUUGCAGUAGCCGCGGUGGUCCUACUCACGGUGCCUGCCAUUAUAUACACCUACAAGACGAGCACACGCAUCGGGCGAGGGUAUGCUCGUGUAGGUGGAGACGACGACAGCUAUGAAGACUGUGACGGUAUCGCCACCGAGGACUCGAUCCGAGCCUUUUCGGACACGCGACCCAGAGUCACCGUAUGGCUAGGGGCGCUCAUUGGUCUGGGAGCGUCCGUUGCUACUAGGAUUGUGAGGCUGAAGGCGAAUGAGCACACGGAGAUGCUUGCCGAGUUGUUUGCAUGGGCGGAGCCGGCGUGCUGGGUAAGGCUCGCUCCAGCGGUGACGGCAUGCGGCUUCGCAGGUUUUCCGCGCCGUCCGGACGUCUUCGACGAGACCGGGCUCGUGGAUCAACAAUAUACUCUUUCGCUCUUGUCCAGGUUCACAUUUUCUUGGAAUCGAGCCAUCUUCAAUGUCGCGAGGGAGCGGCAGAUACAAAUCCAAGACAUCCCCAACCUCGGCUAUGCCACUCGAUCUAGGCAUCUUGAGUUGAAGUUUCGCGAGAAGCGCUUCAAGGGACCCCUUUGGAAACAGUUGAUCAAGGCACACGCCGGCGAGCUCGCCCUGCAGUGGUUCUUAACCCUUAUCAUCGCCGGCCUCUCUCUUUUCCCUCAGGUCGUCCUAUACAACUUCCUGUCCAGGAUUGAGCGGAGUCGGCAGCACACUGCUGCAGAUCCUACCGUGUUCCUCUGGGUUUUUGGCCUCCUUCUCAGCCAGCUUCUCCAAGUCGGAGUCAACAACUGGCUCAAGUGGAUCACGACCAGUCGCCUCGAGAUUCCAGUAAGCUCACUGUUGCAGUCGCUCGUUUUCUCUAAAGCCCUUAAGCUGUACGAGACAGCCCCACCGGGUCACAAUGCUGUCAAGGACAGCGGUCACAAGAACAGUAAUUUUUCCGGGGACCAGGAUGGCCCCCGGGGCUCGGGUGGGAAGAAUAAGAGCAAGAUCUCGGAAACCCGCCAGUCUGUGAUCAAUCACAUGAAGCUCGACAGCGGCCGCGUCACAAUCUUCUGUACCUACAACAAUAACUUCCCAAUGGCCGUGUUCAAACUUAUCCUGGCUGGCGGCUUUGCCGUGAGUCUAAUGGGCUGGCUUCCGGUACUGUGCGGCUUGGGUGCCGGUUCUCUGAUGGUCCCGUUGAGCUCGAUGCUAUCGAGAAGGUAUACGGCACUGCAUUUUGGCCUGAUGAAGUACCGCGAUGGGAAGGCCCAUCUGUUGACGGAGGCUUUACAAGGCAUGCGUCAGAUCAGGUAUGCAGCACUUGAACAACACUGGGAGGCCAAGAUUCUGGCGUCUCGCGACGAAGAGCUCAGGCAAUACUGGAGGGUUGCUCUCUGGCAGUGCCUAGUCGUUUUCAUGGUCAAUCUUGGUCCGCUGCUCCUUGCAAGCGUCACCUUCUCCAUCUACGUUUGGCAGAACGGCACGCACAUUCGGGCUUCCAUUAUCUUCACGUCCCUCGGCCUGUUCGAUCAGCUCGAUGAGGCUGUGGCUCUGUUACCGCUGCUGCAGAUGUACCUGCUCGAGGCAUGGACCAGCGCAGUGAGGCUGGAGAAGUACUUCAACCAGUCGGACAUGAUGUCUGUAGCUGAGCAGGGGGAGACAAUCUCUUUCGAGAAUGCCACUGUGGCCUGGCCGAGGGUUCAGGAUACCGAUAUUCCUCAAGGAGGGGCGGAAGAUCAGCGGGAUGCUCACUCUAUCCUCCGAGAUGCAACUCUGGACUUCCCCAUUGGAAAGCUUAGCGUUAUCACAGGCAAGACCGGUUCAGGCAAGAGCCUCUUGCUCGCGGCGCUCCUCGGCGAAGUGAAGCUCUUGUCCGGCACGAUCCGCAUGCCCGCUGUUCCCGAUAUUAACGAUAGCACCGGGUAUAUUCCCGAAACUGAAUGGAUUAUCCCUCAGUUAACCGCGUUUGUUUCCCAGACCCCAUGGGUCGAGGGCGGUACUGUCAAGGAAAACAUCACGUUCGGCCUCCCUUUCGUUGAGGGUCGCUAUCGCAGGGUCCUCGCAGCUUGCGCUCUUGAGAAAGAUAUCGAGCUUCUCGUAGACGGCGACGAGACAGAAGUUGGCCCUAAGGGUGUCACUCUUUCCGGUGGUCAGCGUUGGCGUGUAGCGCUCGCCCGAGCACUUUAUUCUCGUGCCGGCAUUCUCGUGCUCGACGAUGUUCUCAGCGCGGUAGACGCUCAUGUCGGCAAGCUGAUCGUCGACCAAGCUCUCACUGGCGGGCUUGCUCAUGGGAGGACUCGCAUUCUCGCUACGCACCACGCCGAGUUGGUUCUGCCCUACGCGAGUUACGUGGUACGUCUUCGCAGCGGUGAGGUUGAGUCGGCAGAACCUCUUUCACCGUCAGGAGUGGAAGCUGCUACGACUGGGGAGCCAGUGCCGAAGACGGCAUCGGCAUCAUCAGAAAGAGCGUUAGAGAAUGCCUCCAGCGGACAAGAUGGCCACGACAGCCACAGCGGGAACGGAGGUUACAACAAUGUCCAUCCUUCUCCAGCGGCCAUGAAAAAGUCAAGGAAAGAGGAGGAACAGAGAGAGAUUGGUCGCGUUAAGUGGGACGUGUACAAAGCCUACUACAAAGCCAGCGGUGGCGCGGUUUACUGGCUGUUUGGCGUUUCAAUCCUCCUCCUGGGCCACUCCCUGACUGUCGCCCGGAACUGGAGCUUGAAGGAGCUCUCGCAGCAGGCAGCAAUUGAGAAAGUCCAUCUCACAUCGCAAACGGCACGACUGAUUGCCUCGUUAGCCAAUCCCAGCGAUUUUGCCUCGCGAAGGCUGGCAGGAACAGAGCGUGACAUCUUUUUUUGGCUGACCGCCUACAUUAUUAUCGAGUUCAUCACGCUCCUGGUCCAGUUACUCCGAGUGAUCGUCUUCUUUUUCGUCGGCUUAAAGGCAUCCAGAAUCCUCUUUCACCGAAUGACGCAUGCCAUUCUCCGAGCGCCCUUGCGCUGGCUAGAUACGAUUCCGGCCGGUCGCAUCCUCAACCGCUUUACAUCGGACACUUUUGUGGUGGACAGGCGGCUCUCCAAUCAGGCUUUUGCCCUUAUUCGGAACGUUCUGUUUCUGGCCGUCGUCAUCGCCACCAGUCUGUCUGUGUCUGCCUACGUGAUCCUCUUUGGCAUCUUGCUCUUCGUUCUCUACGCGGCAGUUGCGCGCGAGUACAUCACUGCCGCUCGUGAAGUGAAACGGAUCAACUCAGUUUCUCACUCGCCGAUUUACGAUCAGUUCAGCUCGGUGCUCUCAGGUCUCUCCACCGUUCGCGCAUUUCACCGUACGAGAUCCUAUAUGGACCGCAUGUACGCUCUCAUUGACAACAGCUCCAAGGCGACUUGGAUGCUGCAGUUGUCUACCCGUUGGAUGGCUUUUCGGAUGGGCGUGCUUGGUGCUCUGUUCGUCAGCGUUGUCGCCAACGCCGUGGCAUUUAGUCGCGUCGACGCUGCCUUGGCCGGUUUCAGCCUGGCAUUUGCGUUGCGGUAUACAAACGCCUUGACGUCGCUUCUUCAAUCGCUGACGUCGGUGGAAUUGGGAUUCAACGCUUGUGAGAGGGUUUUAGAAUAUGCCGAGCUCGAAACUGAGGCCGAAGGUGGUAAUGACGCCCCCGCCGCAUGGCCGGCCGAAGGGAAGAUCGAGGUCAACAACUUGACAGUCAGCUACACCAAGGACCUGCCGCCAGUCCUGAGGAACCUCAACUUUACCGUCGGCGCUGGCGAGAGGAUCGGCAUCGUUGGCCGAACGGGCGCUGGGAAGUCGACAUUGGCCGCGGUUCUCUUCCGUCUCAUUGAGCCGCUCAAGGGUUCGGUUUAUAUAGACAACGUGGACAUCUCGACGCUGAAGUUAUCCCACUUGCGCAGCCGUCUCGCGAUCAUCCCACAAGACCCAUUCCUGUUCUCGGGUACAUUACGCUCGAACCUUGACAUGGAGGGUGUUUUGGACGACGCCGAGCUGCUGGAGUCGCUCAAGCGCGUUCACCUGAUUGAGAUGGACGAGGAACCUAAGAACUCGGUCGUGAAACCAGACGUUGACACUGUCGUUGCAAGCAGCUCGGCAUCGCCCAUUCCACCCACGGUGGACUCCGAAACAUCCACGCAGGCAUCAGUCGCGAUGGGGCCGGAGACGACAAUGGUCGAUGCCCAGCCAGAGCUCCAACCAGUCCAAGACAAAUCUAAUAUCUUCACCGACUUAUCCAUGCCGAUAAGCACGGGCGGUGCCAAUCUUUCCCAGGGUCAACGCCAGCUUGUCUGCCUCGCCCGGGCCUUGCUCAAGCGGCCCAAGAUUGUGGUACUGGACGAAGCCACAAGCGCGGUGGACCGCGGCACGGACAGCAAAAUUCAAGAGUCUCUGCGUAAGGAUUUCGCAGCGGCCGGGUGCACGGUGCUUGUUAUUGCCCAUCGCCUGUCGACUGUCGUCGACUUCGACCGGAUUCUGGUGCUGGAGAAGGGGCGUGUGGUUGAGAUGGGCACUCCCAGGGAGUUGUUGUUGGCCGGUAUACAACGUUCGGCUGCUGAGGCGGCGAAGUCUGGAGAAGAAGCCAAAGAGGACCGCGACGAGGGAGACACGAGCACUCUUCAGGAUCAGGAUAAUGACGAGAUCGAUGGUACCGGUGCUUUCUGGGAGCUGGUGCAGAAGAGUGCCGAAAAGGAGAAGCUGUUGGAGGUAAUUUUGGGUCAGGAGAAGGACCGGCUGAUGGGGGAGAUUUUGUGUGGUUUUCGCUCGGGUGAAGGAGCAAGAUGA